UUCUCUAACUCUCUCUGAAAAUGGGGCAAUCGAAAACCCCAUCACUCAAUGGUGGCGCUUCCCCUAAACCCUACCUCCUCCUCCGCCACAACCACCACCGUCUCCUCCGCCGUCAAUCCCGACGAGCAUGAUCUUCAUCCACUCUCUCUCUCACCUUGAUCAUGCUCUCCCUGCGAUCCACUCGCAGGCUCCGCAACUUCACCACCUCCGCCGUUUCCGCCGCCGCCGCCAAAAAUCCCUUACAACCCCCUGCUCUCGACAAGCUCAAAGCGGAGCGUGAUCCACACAAGCUCUUCCUCCUCUUCAAAGCCAAUGCCACCAACCGCCUCCUCAUCGAGAAUCGCUUCGCCUUCGACGACACCGUUUCGCGCCUCGCCGGCGCUCGCCGCUUCGACUACAUUGAGCAGCUUCUCGAGCAGCAGAAGAAACUCCCCCAAGCUCGCCGUGAAGGCUUCAUCGUCAGAAUCAUCGGGCUCUACGGGAAGGUUGGUAUGACCCAACACGCACUUGAAACUUUCUACCAUAUGGAUUCUUCUCGUAGAACUGUUAAGUCUUUUAAUGCUACUCUUAAGGUUUUGGCUCAGACAAAGCAUUUUGACUAUGUUGUUGAGUUUUUGGAACAAGCUUCUUUGAAAUUCGACAUUCGAUUAGAUGUUUAUUCUAUCAACAUUGUUGUUAAGGCUUUUUGUGAUAUGGGGAAGUUGCAAGAGGCUUAUUUGUUUAUGUUAGAGUCGGAAAACGAUAAGGGUAUUCGACCGGAUGUUGUUACGUAUACUACUCUUAUCGCUGCGUUUUACCAGCAUAGGAGGUGGGAGAUUGGGAAUGGGUUGUGGAACCGUAUGGUGUUGAAGGGUUGUAUGCCGAAUCUGACUACGUUUAAUGCUCGGGUUCAUUUUUUGGUUUGUGCGAGACGGGCUUGGGAUGCUAAUGCUGUGAUGGGUUUGAUGGAGAGAGUUGGGAUUAAACCGGAUGAGGUUACCUUUAAUUUGGUGAUCAAGGGUUUUUUCCUGGCGGGUUUUGUUGAUAUGGCGAAGAGGGUUUAUUCUGCUCUGCACGGGAAGGGGUAUAAGCCUAAUUCUUUGAUUUACCAGACUAUGAUUCAUUAUUUGUGCAAGAGUGGGGAUUUUGAUUUGGCAUAUACCAUGUGCAAAGAUUCUAUGCUGAAGAACUGGUUUCCGAAUGUAGAUACAAUCUGUAUGCUGCUGGUAGGCCUAAAAAGAAAUGGGAAGGUUCAGAAAGCAACGAUUAUAUUUACGCUGGCCAAGAGUAGAAAGCCUCCCUUCUCUUCCAGUCAUUUGGCUUCCAUGCAGACCAUGUUGUCCAGGGGUUCAACAUGAACAGACUUUCAUGAAAUCUAUAAGAAAAAAAUUGUUCAUUUUUUGUCUUGAAGUGUGUGCUAUCAUCACUGAGGCCACGGAUAUCCAAACAAAGCUUUGAGUUAGUGUAUUAGGUGGACAGGAAAUCAGCUAUCCAAACAUAGCCUCAGUUAGUGGAAUAGGUAAACAGGAAAUCGGCUGACUUUUAUGAGACAACAGCCCCAAUGGAUCUGAUAUUCUUUUUAUUCCAUUCAUUUGUACAUCUUGAAAAUUUUAACAAGCCUGAAAUUUGAUGGCAUUUCAUCCAGGCCAGCAGUCAAACACUAGUUAGUUUCCACUCAGUUAGUUUGUUGUACCAUCCUUCGUCCUUCAUAAUAUUUCAGCCAAGAUGAUUGUUCAAGAGGCAAAUACCAUAUAAACUAUUGUUCAUUUUUAGCUGCACUGAGCAUAACGAUAAGUAUGCAAUGGGCUUAAUGAGGUACAUGUGGAGUGAACAGGUUUCCAGAGAUGGUUUUAUGCUUUAGAGCAUGGAUCUUACUUUUUGCUUAUUAUCUGCUUUGGGUUGAUGACGGAUAAUAGCUGGAUUUCCACCUGGUUUUAAGGUAUCCUCUUGUUUAUGUCUCCAAUCAAAGCUGUUGUUUUAAAGAAUAAUCAAUUUAUUUGUCUGGGUAGACAAGUUUGGUUGAGGUGUAUUGGAGAAGUUGCAUUAUCAUUCUGCAGUUCUGCUAUGAAAACUAUUGUGAAGGGCAUGGGAGGGACAAAGGAAUAUUGCACAGGAAGACUGAUUUUCAAUUUUGUGAUUGUCCAUAGACAUGAGACAUCCGGUAUAUGGCAGUGUUAUCAAAUAUCGGCCAUGGAGGCACGAUGGCAGAAUCUCAUGCCGGGUUAUUGGCUCUCCGCCAUGGCCGAUAUCCUGUCAUAAUCCGCCAUCAUUAUUUGUCGAACAUGGCAGGGUUUUUGCUCUCCGCCAUCCGCCAUCCGCCAUUAACAACAUUUGUAUACGGCCAUGGUUAGAACAUCUUGACCAAAAAGGAAUAAUGAACACAUGGUGGAGAAUCCUGUGCAGUUUCGCAUGGGUCUGUUGUGGUGACAUAGUUGCUGGUUGUUUCCAGUUGCGCAGCCAUGGACCAAGAGCAUGAACGCUAUCAACUGCAAUGGGCUUUUGCUUCACUUUUUGUCUUUAUUCAAUGGGAAGAGAAUUUACUGAAAGUGGGAAUUGCUCCUGAUGAGGUUACCUUCAACCAGGUCUGUGAAGACAAAGCAAUAUACUGAAAGAGCAAUGCUAGCUAGAAAGAUUACCAGAAUUUUGACAGAAUAAAAUUGUGAUUGUUUGAUGGAAUGAAGUGGUAAAGAACUACUCAUUCACAAAUCAAUAAGCAUACCGUAUCACUUUGGCUAGAAGAUUCUAAUAUAAAUUUUGGCACUAGUAUUUUUUUUUCCAAGAUAAAACAUGGCAAUCUUAAUCCCUAUUCCUUUCUGAGAAACAAGUAGCUUGAAAGCA